GAUCACGAUGACAUCUCUGAAGUUUGCUUCAUGUGUGACUAUUCUGUUCUUGUGGAGAAUAGCCUUUGUAACUAAUCUCAAAUUGUCCUCAUCAGUGCAUAAGGACAUUUUGCGUUUUAUACCAGCUAAAGUUGGAGACAAUGUGACUUUGCGAUGUGUCUAUGAAGGUAAUGCUGUGAAGAUGCUUUACUGGUAUAAACAAACUCUGGGACAGAGACCAAAGCGCAUCUCUUCCUUCUAUAAACAUCAAAAAAGUUACACUUUUACUGAUGAAUUCAAAAACAUUUCACGGUUUUCAUUGGAGACUGAUAAUGGUAAGAACCACUUGACGAUCUCGAAUUUACACAUUUCAGACUCAGCAACUUACUACUGCAUAAGUUGCUCUUCAUUCAAGUUUGAAUUUGUGGAGGGCGCUACUGUCAGUGUACAGGGUUCAGGUUUGAACAUCCAGGCUUCGGUCCAUCAGUCCGGAUCUGAGACCAUCCAGCCAGGAGGCUCUGUGACUCUCAGCUGUACAGUACACACUGGGACCUGUGAUGGAGAACACAGUGUUUACUGGUUCAAAGACUCUGAAGAAUCUCAUCCAGGACUCAUUUACACUCAUGGAGACAGGAAUGAUCAGUGUGAGAGGAAACCUGAGACACAAACACAAACCUGUGUCUACAACUUGCCGAUGCAGAGCCUGAAUCUUUCUCAUGCUGGGACCUACUACUGUGCUGUUGCCUCAUGUGGACACAUACUGUUUGGAAACAGGACGAAGCUGGACUUUGAGAAUGCCUCACUCUCUGCAGACGAGGUGAACUCUCUCCACUCUCUUGUGUAUUUCCUGAGUGGAGCUUUGGCAUUCACCACCAUCCUGAGUGUUUCACUGGCUUUCUCACUGUACAAGAUAAUCAAGAGAGACCGCUGCCACUGCACAGAGUCUCGAGCAAGACUUUCAGCUCCGUCCACAGCUAACGCAGAGGGUUAUGAAGAUUCAGACAACCUCCAUUAUGCUGCUUUAAGGGAACCAAGAGUCAACCGAACAUCAAGGCAGAGGGAUGACACCUUGACUCAAUGUGUGUACUCUGGUGUGAGGCAGUAGAACUGUCCGAUCUGUACUUUGUUUCUAUGGAAGUGGUAAAUUUCUUAACCUGUGUUUUGAGACAUAAUGUACACUUUCUUUAAAUAGGAGAAGUUAAACAGGAAUCAUGAUGAUAGUGAUGAUAAAUGUAAAAGUCUUGGGUUGCAGUACUUGAACAAGCUUGAGCUGUAUGAGGUGUGUUUUGAUAUGUUGUGGCAAAGGUGACAUAUUUGCACUGUCACUUUACCCACUGCAUCAGUCUCUCAGUGCUGCACUAAACGCACCAUCACCGUACCAUAUGAUAAAUAAAAACAUGCCACAUGUUACUUUUGAGAUUUGAUGGCUAAAGAACCACAACAUCCAGUCUUCUGUACUUGGGAACAUCUGUUAUAUUUAUGUUUGUCAUAGAUGUUGUUUCAGACUCAGUGCUGGAACAAUCUUUUUAUAGCUUCCCUUGUGGUCUGCAGUCAA